AUGUCCAUCCCAAUUCACACAAUCACCACCUUCCGCACAACAUUCAACCCCUUCAGCCAAGCUUCCCGCCCCUGCCGUCUCGUCCUCUCACUCCUCCGCACGCCGGCCUCCGCUUCCCCCGCGAGCCCCCAACACAUCGACAUCAAGGUCAAGCAGUUGCCGCGGGGUUCGACGGAGCAGCCCUCUAUGACCGUGGGCUUCAAGGGCGGAAAGGAAGUUACGCUUGAGGUGGGCAAGCGCGGUAUGAAGAUCGGUGAUGUGGUGGAGGAGAUCUCUCGAAUUGGACGGGCGAUGGAGCGCGAGGCGAGUCUGAAGGGCUAA